CGGCAGGGUGUUGCAGUUAUGGCAGAUGAGAACGGCCGAGAGGCUGUUGAAGCUGUGAAGCGAAAGAUGUCGCUGAAAAGGUGUGAAAUAUGUAAUGAAGGAGAAGCAAAGUAUCGGUGUCCUCGUUGUAUGAAAUAUUCAUGCAGCUUGGUUUGUGUGAAGCAGCAUAAAACUACAUACAACUGUAAUGGAGUCAGAGAAAAAACAGCUUUUGUUUCUGUAAACCAAUUCAGUGACUUAAAUCUUCUAAGUGAUUAUCGGUUUCUGGAAGAUGUGGGAAGAAUGGCUGACCGUGCUUCUCGGGAUGGUGCUUUACAUAGACCAACAAGAAAUAAAUUUGUAAACUUUUUGAGAAACCGAGCCCAGAGAUAUAAAAUCCGCCUGAAAACAUUACCAGUUGGAUUCACGAAGAGACAAGAGAAUUCUACAUACUUCAGCAAUAAGUUCCAGGGGAGAUCCGGGAAAUUACAGGCCAGUCAGCCUGACGUCAAUACCGGGGAAAAAAAGUUUUAUUGGCACUUGAAGCUCGUAUUUCCUCACAGUCAUGCCAAAUUUACAGAAAAAAGGGUGCCAGAUGAUAAACCAUUGUGUGAUGUACUUAAGCGCUAUGUUGAUCCUCAAGAAUCUGAUCCUAUCAUUUGUCAAAGAUUAAAAAUCUACACGAUGUCUCCUCCAUCAGACAUACAGAUUUUAAUGAAAGUUGAUAUGAGACUGCACAACUCCAGCAAGUAUGAAGAAAUGGAUGGCAGCAAAGGCCUUCAAGACAAUUUGAGAGGGAAGGUUGUCAUUGAAUACCCAACUUUGCAUAUAGUAUUGAAAAAAUUCAAGACUGAUAUGGCUGUUCUUGGCUACAGUAAGAAUAAAGAUGCUGAGAAACCCAGUAAAGACUUAUUUAGGGAAAGCUCAUCAGAAGAAGAAGGAGAAAUCCGAGAGAGUUCCUGAAAAAAGAAAUAGAUCACGUAUGGAGAUGGAGCAGCUUUUUCUACACUUGAACUUUGAAGAUAUAUUUAGCGAAUAUAUUUUGAACAUCUACUUUUUUAUAAUUUCUCAUAUCAGAACUCGUAAACAGAAGUAUAUUAAUCCAAACAUGCCUAAUAAAAAUUAAUGUGCUAACUUCAGUUUCUCUGAUAAAAUUUGAGGAUUGUACAGGAUGUAUAUGCCAAGUACUGAACACUUGUACUAGUUUGUAUCUAUAGAAGCUCCCAGUAAAUUUACUUUCUCAGUGUUAGGUUUAA